GCCCUCAAAAUAUCAUCAUCCCAUCAUAUGCAGGGUUUGUGCCAACCGUGGGUUUUGUUCAAGGUGCUGGUCUUUCGGUUCCAGCUGUUGCUGGAGUCCAUGAUCCUUUCACAGUCACCGCAUGUGCAGCAUCUGGGCAGACAACUAUUCCCUAUGUUACUGGUGCUCCGGAAAAUUCUGUUUUACUAGUCAGCAACCUCAAUCCUGAAGCCAUCACACCACAUGGACUUUUCAUCCUAUUUGGUGUUUAUGGUGAUGUGCAUCGUGUGAAAAUCAUGUUUAAGAGAAAAGAAAAUGCUUUGGUUCAGAUGGCAGAUGCAAGACAGGCUCAAAUAGCUAUCACCUACUUGAAUGGACAGAAGCUUUAUGGAAGGGCCCUCUGUGCUACUUAUUCAAAAUAUCAGACAGUUCAACUUCCUCGUGAUGGACAAGAGGACCAAGGUCUGACGAAGGAUUAUAGCAAUAGCCCUUUUCAUCGCUUUAAGAAUCCUGGCUCUAGAAACUUCCAAAAUAUCUGUCCGCCAUCUGCCACUCUGCAUCUCUCCAGCAUCCCGCCUUCCGUUACUGUUGAUGUUCUGCAGAACCUUUUCAGAAGUACGGGAUUUACUGUAAAAGCCUUCAGACUCUUCCCGAGAGAUUGCACAAUGGCUCUUGUCCGGCUGGGCUCUGUGGAAGAAGCAAUUCACGCUCUCAUUAUGCUUCACAAUCAUGACCUUGGAGAAAACCAUUACCUCCGAAUUUCCUUCUCAAAAUCUAUAAUCUGA